AUGGCCUACGAAAUGUUCUAUGCCUAUGCGACAACAACUACAACAUUUGAACGCAUCAGCUUUUCCAUGUGGUUUCUUCUUGACUUUACCUUUGCAGUCGUUGCGAUUUUUAGUACUCAAGCACCUGGUAAUCGCUCUCCGGUGAUCAAAAGAAUGAUUGUUGGUGUCGUUGCAUCUUUGGCAUUCUUCUGGAAAGUUGCGCAAACAUGGCCAGAUGAGCGCGAACAAAUCACUGCCUAUUGGACUGGUCUAGCUUUGCAGUUCCCUAUCGGAUGGGGAAGUCUGUACCUUUUGAUCAAGAACUGGGACACCAAAGGUCAUUCUUUGGAAAUCUGGUAA